CGCUCCCGCGUCCGGCCGCGCCCGUUCCCCGGGGCUGCGGCGAGGAGACCGGCCGCGGACUCCAGCUCUCGGUCCCCCGGAGCCCGCGCCGCGCCUGCCCCGGGCGGAACGCGGCGGCACUGCGCUCGGGCGUGCGGGUCCGCGGCUCCCCGGCUCCCCGGCGCGGGGGCGUGGGGCUCGCGCGUGCGCAGCGCGAGAACGGAGCGGGCCGGGACCCCGGGCUGGCGCGCGCGCUGCCCCGGCGCGGGGCCACCCUCGGGCACGCGGGCAUGAGCUCCCCAGCGCCGCGACCCCGCUGACGAGCGGGGCCUGGGGGGAUCCGGAGGCGCCCAGGCCGCCGGCGCUGCGGGAGGCCAUGGCGUUCCUGGCGGGGCCGCGCCUGCUGGACUGGGCCAGCUCCCCGCCGCACCUGCAGUUCAAUAAGUUCGUGCUGACCGGCUACCGGCCGGCCAGCAGCGGCUCCGGCUGCCUGCGCAGCCUCUUCUACCUGCACAACGAGCUGGGCAACAUCUACACCCACGGGCUGGCCCUCCUGGGCUUCCUGGUGCUGGUGCCGAUGACCAUGCCGUGGAGUCAGCUGGGCAAGGACGGCUGGCUGGGGGGCACACACUGUGUGGCCUGCCUGGCGCCCCCGGCCGCCUCCGUGCUCUAUCAUCUCUUCAUGUGCCACCAAGGGGGCAGCCCCGUGUACACCCGGCUCCUGGCCCUGGACAUGUGUGGGGUCUGCCUGGUCAACACCCUGGGGGCCCUGCCCAUCAUCCACUGCACACUGGCCUGCAGACCCUGGCUUCGCCCGGCGGCUCUGGUGGGCUACACUGCCCUGUCUGGGGUGGCCGGCUGGAGAGCCCUCACCGCCCCCUCCACCAGCGCCCGGCUCCGGGCCUUUGGUUGGCAAGCUGGGGCCCGCCUCCUGGUGUUCGGGGCCCGUGGUGUGGGGCUGGGCUCGGGGGCUCCCGGCUCCCUGCCCUGCUACCUGCGCAUGGAUGCCCUGGCACUGCUCGGAGGGCUGGUGAACGUGGCCCGCCUGCCAGAGCGCUGGGGACCCGGGCGCUUUGACUACUGGGGCAACUCCCACCAGAUCAUGCACCUGCUCAGCGUGGGCUCUAUCCUGCAGCUGCACGCUGGGGUGGUGCCUGACCUGCUCUGGGCAGCCCGCCAUGCGUGUCCCCCGGACUGA